AUGGCCGUGAUUGGACUGGUCUAUCCUGCCAUUCCUGCAACCACUACUCGCCGUUCAAUUAUCAAACGAGGCAAUUGGGCGGAUAAGAAUCGUGGUGUGGUCCUCGUGUUCUGCAUUGUGUUCUUGGUGGUUGUCGGAAUUAUGGCACUCUUUGGGUAUCGAAAGUUUCUGAAGCGAAAGGCUGAAAAGGAGUCAUAUGAGACGUCGAGCGCCUAG